AUAGUUAGUAAACAUGGCGGCCAUUAUCUCUGAAGCGGAAGUGGCCGCAGCCAUCGAACAGGCGUUUGCUGAAAGAAUCGACGAAAUGGAGGAGUCAAUCGUAGACGAGACAACGAAUGAACAGAAAGUUCCAACCAUGCAGUGUUCUUUUGAACCGAAAAACAAGUAUGUAAGCGGUGUCGAAAACAUGAAUGAAUACGUUCUCUCGUACUUCGAGUCUUUGAAUCAUAUGAGUCGGAGAAUCAUCACUGAACAACGCGAAGUGAUGGCCGAGCAAGGCAACAAAUGGGAUAACUUAAGUCCCGACGAACAGGAUAAACUCAUAGAUGAACGAAUGGUCAGUCCCAAAGUGAAAAAACACUAUUAUUUAGAUGAUUCUUUUUCAACGAGAAAGCCAGAUUGGUUUCCAGUGUUGAGAUUGGCCCAUGGCAUUUCAGGGUCUGAAGAGCCGGGCAAUUUUAACCCGAGAGAUAGCAUAACAUCUGUCACGGUGAGCUUUUGUGUUUCAUUUUCAAGGUUUGUUUUAUAGUGAACAUUUCCACUUGGUUAAGUGCUUCCAGGAAACAAGCUUUCGCUAAAAGCUUUAUUUUGCGAAAGGGUGACGAAUAUACCUCAAAAAUUCCUCUUUAUUUUAAUCCCUUCAACCGUCACACUUUCAGUUCGAUCAUGAAGCGUGAUUCAUUUACUAAAGAAAGCUUGGGCGUGGUUGUUGUAACCGUUUUGAAAAAGUAUGUCAAAAUGAUUUCGUUACACAUGACGUAGAUUUUUCGGCUUGAAAAGUAUUUUGAUCACAAUCACAUGUACGUAGUUUGUUCACCAAUAUUACUUUUAAGUUCAGCUAUCAGUAGCAACUUUUUCAUGUUAGCAGAAGGCUCGUCGAGUUUUGUUCAUAAUUAUUCGCGAAUCGUGGAAUGACGUAAGUUAAUUUGAUUAUAUUUCGCAUGUUUUGAAGAGUGCAUUUCAAACAUUGUUUGAGAUGUCAUGAGGGUUACAAUUAAUAAAGAAAUAAAACGUUGUAUCGGCCGAAGAUCGUCGAUGUUUUAUUGUGUAAUUUUCACAAAAUUUAACAUAAAGUUUUGCGACUAAAAUGUUUAGAGCCACCAACAGGAAUUCUAGAAUGGUCUAGGGAGGUUGAACUUUUUGAAGACUGGCAAGCAUUCAUUCACAUACUUUGUGAAUGUGAAAUAAGACUGAGUGAAAUACUUGAUUCUGAACUUAGCUCUCCAGCUAGUUGUGAGCACAAAAAUCUAUUAGUACACGCAACUGCAGGCUCUAAACUUGGGUGCCUGGCAGGAUGAAAUGUGUUUUAACAUGCAUGUUACAGCAGCUGCCAAUAAAGAAAGAUACCAUUGGUUUCGGUCAUUGAAUAGGAAAAGUUGUUAUCCCUUUAUAUCAUGAGUGCAAUACAAAAAAAAGAUCUGAGCCCCCUCCCCCCACCCCACACCCCCUUGUAUAUGAGGAGUCAAAUCCCAGACUUGUGGAUUACCAACCCUCUUGGCCCAAAACCCAAACUCAAUUUCCUAUAAUCCUAUUAAACCAACAGUACCUUCACCUUUUACACAAACACACUUAUCCAGUUAUUUUUUGUAACAGUUCAGUUUGUUUAGCUUUAAUGUAUGUAUUUUGAUUAUUUUUAAUCUUAAUUAUUGCUAGUAUACAUUGUAUGUAUACCUACUCAUUUAAACAAGUACCUAUAUUGCAUUCUGCUAACAUUUUGAAAAGUCAAGUGGUUAGUUUAUGCAAUGGAAUCAUUGUGUCUUGUGUGACUGAGCACCUUAUGUAAUUUUUAUACCAUUUUUAUUUUGUUUUGUUAUUUUAAUAGGACAUCCAUUCCAAAGAUCAAUUUUCAUCUCCAUGGUCCUGGGAAACACGAGUGAGUGUUGAUAACACAUUUUUUUCACAGUCUGUGGUUUGGAAUUUUUUUAUGGAGUGUGUUGGUUGUGGUGGUUCCGUACCCUCACAAACAUUUUCAUUAUCAAUGUUUUAAUCCUUUCACCUCACUAAAUGUUUUUUUCAUUUUUAUCAAGUGACAUUAUGCUAUUCUAAAAAAGUUAAUAUUGCAGUGUGAUAUAAAAAAAUGACUUAUGAAAUGCAUUGCUGUGGACUGGGAAGGCUGGGGAGGGGCUGGUGUAAGCAAAGGUAAUGGUGCACUUAAAAACUAUUUACAACAUCCAAGAUGGUGACACCUCACAUACUGAUGUGUAUUUUGCAAUAAGUAUUUCCAUUUGGACAAUUGCAAGUCCAAUAACCAUUACAAUUUCCUUAAAUGUGAUUGAUGCAUUAGCUUCUUUAUAUUUCACUAACCAUUCUGUACAGUUAUAAGUGGACAGUGUAAUUGGACAGUUGGCUGUAAUUGGACACCUGUAAUCGGACAAGCAGUCAAUCAUACUAAGUCCAAACAGCUAAAUCUACCAAUCACAGAAUUGAUUAGAAUCAUAGCUACAUCUACUUAUCCUGAAAAAAAAACUGGAGAAUUUCCAAAAUUGAGGAAUUUAUUUGUUUUUUUCAGAAAUUGUAACAGUUAUUAUCAAUUGGUAAAAGGACUUCCUGUUGUCCAAUUCUGUCUGUAAUCAUAUUCGUGAUUGAAAAAUCAGACUUCUGUCUAGCAGUCAUCCAAUUUUGUUAAUCACUUGUAUGAUUACAGACUGAAUUAGACUCUACUCAGUCCUAUUACCAUUAUUUUUUCAUUAUAAUAUGACAAAACCAUGUUGAAACAUAAGGAGUUGAUCAAAGAGGCUGCAAAUGCAUCAGAGUUACAUACAACAUCAGGGCUGUUCUUUUAAAAGCAUGUAAUGAGGAGGAUGGUUCAUAGCUUCCAAAAGUCAUGGGCUAUAAAUAAGCCCUUAAACUUGCAUUCUGCAUCACACAUUAAUCACUGUUAUCACUAAUUUCAUCAGCUCUACCAGGAGAAAUUGUUGCUAAAUUUUGUACAAUGAUUUCUCUUUCCAAUUAUCUUUAGAGCCAACAAGAUCUUCAUUUACUGGAGGAGGGAAAACUUGAAGAGCAACUAAAACGUGCACUAGAAGCUGAUCUAGAAACACUAAAUACUGUAAUUGUACCAGUUGAGGUUAAAACAGAGAAACAACAUGACUCUGACACAGACUCCAAAGACACAAGCAUCAGCAGGAGUUUGCCUGGUUCAGAGCCUCUGUCACGAAAAGAGUUUCUUCUUGAGGGUCAGAAGUUUAGCCCUAGUAAUAGUACCCAAGGCAGCAAAGGGAGCCUUGCAUCCACACCUCCUAAAGGAAGCAAGGCAAGUCUUAUAUCAGAAACACCACCUAAAGGAAGUAAAGGCAGUCUUGCAUCAGACAUACCUCCUGGAUUAAAUAAGAGAAAUUUGCUGUCUGACACACCUUCAAAAGGAAGCAAGACAAGUCUUGCAUCAGAGACAAAUUCAAAGGAAAAUAGAGGGAAUCCUUUGUCAGAUACACCACCCAAAGAAAAUCAUUCAAGUGUAGCCAAAGAGACACCACAGAAGAAAGAUGCAAGUAAACUAAAUCUUGAGUCUGAGAUGCCACAGUCAUCAGCUGCCAGCAAAUCUUCAUCCCCAAAAGAGCAGAAUGAUUCCAAAGAAGCUGCUCCAGCUGAAACAAAAGUAAGUACUGUACCUAAUCCAUGUGUCUUUUGCUAAGUACAUCUCCUUAUGAAUGUCGAGCAAAGUUCAAUUGUUAUUGUUAACAGGAAAGAAUUAUUUAAUUUUGAAAAUCGACAGUUACCACCACCCAAAAAUCACCCAGAAGCUUUUAGUAUGAAAACUUUACAGAUUGGAAUCUUUCUGUUGUUAUUGUUGCAGCCUGAUAUUUUUGUUGUUUAAAAUGACUGAAAGUUCUGUAGGGAACAAAAAUGUACUUUUCUAUUAAAGCAGUGGUUGAGAAGGAGGGAAAUGUAAGUUUGUUUUCAAAUUUAACUAACUACAAGUGGCACAUAGAGACCCCACAUGGUGGAUGAUUGUUUCGGUGUUGAAUGAGUCCUGGAAAAACAUUUGGAGUUACCACUUGAUUGUUAUUAACUGUAUCCUCAUUUUUGUGGUAGCAUAUGUGCAUAUUGUACUGCAAAAAAUUAUUUAACAUAAUAAUUUCACUUCAUUUUUAUUUCUUACAGGAAGUGGAUAUUGGUACUACUUCCAAUUCAAAUGACUUGUUGGCUUUUCUUGUUAAUUGGUAACUCAGAAAGCUUUUCAACACAUGGUGAUGUCUUAACAGUUAUGUGGCAUACGUUUCAUGGGAAAAAAAAUUCAAAUAUCUAAAAAACUUUUUCCAAAUGCCUGCAGUGUUUGUCAGCAUAAAAAAAUAUAUUCUAAAUGUUGCUGAUUAGGUACAAGUUAACAUUUAGUUUUAAUGACUGUUUAGUAUUAUUGACUCUGUUUAUUCUUCUGUUGUGGUUUUGUGGUGAAGCUCUAGAAUGAAAGAAGAAAUUAAUUUUGCAUGCAUUUCUAAUAUGCUACAAUUGUGAUAGUAUAUAGAUAGGUAAUGUUUUGAACCUAAGAGGAACAGUUUAUCAUCUAGCUAUAUUGUCAUGGUUGAAGUUCCUGAGACAGUUGUUGUCGUUAUUAGUGACUGACAUUUUGACAGCCCUGGCAGAAGUCAACAUCUCACUUGACUCAGAUGAAGACUUCCACUCAGGUGUUCAAAAUGUCAGUCAUUUGUAACACUUUACCCGUGACCGAGACUAAGUUUUUCCUUACAACAUCAAUACAGUAUCAGGCAGGCAAG